GUAGAAACUUUGGACUAAAAAAUGACAUUUAUUCGCUGGGUCAUUUUCUGCCUUUUGAUAUUCAUAAAGAAAAGCAGAGAAACUUGGAGAUACGGUAAUGAAAUUGGGCAAUCAGAACUUUUCAACACAAGAAAUCCAAUCAAGCUAGAGUAUUUGGUUGAACAAGAUGGAGUAGAGAUAGAAUGGCAGAUAAAUGGAAAUUGUGUUGUCUCUAACAAGAGUUCUCAAGUUGCCUCCCUGACUUGCAGUAAACCAGGACAGUAUAAAGUAGAUCUUAAGUUGAACGGCAGCAGCACAGAGGAAGCAGGCCGCUAUAUAAAUGUUCAGGCCUACCACGCCUGUUAUCGAUGGUACUUGGUUAAAAGCAAUAAUCAAUCUUUAUCUGUGAGAAUUCAUCAUGAAAACACUGAAUCAACAUCAGACCAUACCAUGGCAAGCUUUUUUCAUGACUUGUCUAGUAAGCAGUUAUGA